UUUUCGCUGCCUGAGGAUUGCAUUGUUGUCGAUGAGCUUGGAUAAUUCAUUGUCUGUUUUGUUUGUUUCUAUUUUUGAUGACCAAAGUGGAUGACCAUUUGGGAUCUAAAAUGAGUAGGCCAGAUCGUCUAAAAAGGGUUCUAAAACCGGUGAUCGAAAAGAAGAGGCGAGACAGAAUAAACCGACGUUUAGAUGAGCUUCGGACAAUCUUGUUAAGCAACACCUCAGACAUGCGGCUAAAAAAUCCAAAAUUGGAAAAAGCUGAAAUAUUAGAAAUGACAGUGGAUUACAUACGAAGAAAAGAAAAUGGAAACGAAAGCAAAGAUUAUUCUGCUCCAGUGACUACCACUGUAACCUCUCAAAGGACAUCUCACCUAAACCCCACACACAAACAACAAACACAGGCUCCCCUCAGCCCUAUCUACAGCGCAGGCUUCCAGGAGUGUUUAUCCUGUCUGGGUAACUUCAUUGAGAUGGUGGAACCUUCCCAGAGAGACAGUUUCAUCCAGGGGCUGAAGGAUCAUCUCGAUGCCCACAGCGCCUAUCCACUCGGGUGGACGGUGAACCAGAGCUUCCCUGUGGAAGUCCAGCCCUGGGGUCCAGCAACAGAGAGGACAUACUGCUUUGAGAGGCUUCAAGACAGGAAAGACAGCUCGUCAAUGGGACAUCCCAGAGCCAGCAGGGAGUCUUCCUUCCCCUUCAUCAACACCUCUCUCUCUAUGUAUCCCCAACCUUUUGUAAUCCACCACCCACACCCAGCCCAAUCCCUCACACAUCCAUACCCAUCUCCCCCUUAUUCGGUGUCACCUCCACCCUCCCCCUGCUACUCCAGCUCACCACCACCUUUCAUCACAACCCCUCCGUUCUUCUCGCUGCCCUGCCACUUUCCCUUCCCUCCGUCGCCCUCGCAGCUCUCCUCCGAGUCCUUGUCAUUAUCAACUCAUUACACCUCUCCUCCAGUCAUGCCAGUGAUGACAGCAAAGCCUCCUCUUGAUUCCAAUGCUUCGACCCCUCUGCAUCGAUCUGCUCCUGUACCCGAUGGCCCAGCAAGGACUCUAAGGCGGUCACUGUUUCAAAUAGAUCCCCAGGCAGUAUGGAGACCCUGGUCUUAACAUUCAAACAAGAGAGUAAGUAAAGAAAAUAACUCGGUGCAAAUGAUAGUCUUUGGCCAGUAUGACUGAUGUAUGUAAGAAUCAUAAGAAUCAGAUCAUGAAGGAUGUCUUAAUGUCUG